CCCUCAGAGGCUCGGCGGGAGGCAGGGAGUCAGCCCGGGGCUCUUUGGGAGAGCGGGCCCUCCCCUGCCUCAGGUGAGGGGAAGGAAGCAGCAGGGAGAGGAGGAGCUGAGGGUGAGUGCUGCUGUCGGCACACAGCCACGCCUGGGGUUUAGUUUUGCCCCGACGUCGAGGAGGUGCUGAGGCUCGGCAGCUGCCCAGUCUAAAACCAUGAACUAUGUGGGGCAGCUGGCUGAGAAUGUCUUUGUCACCAUGAAGGAGCUGUACCAGGAUCUAAACCCUGCCACCCUGUCGGGCUGCAUCGAUGUGGUCGUGGUGAGGCAGCCUGACAACUCCUUCAAGUGCUCCCCAUUUCAUGUGCGCUUUGGGAAGCUGGGAGUGCUGCGCUCCAAGGAGAAGGUGGUUGACAUUGAAAUCAACGGAGAGCCUGUGGAUCUGCACAUGAAGCUGGGAGACAAUGGAGAGGCCUUCUUUGUUGAGGAGUCACAGGAGCAUGAGGGCAGCAUCCCCUUCUUGCUCUGCACAUCCCCCAUCUGCAAGAAGCAGAGCCCAAAGGAUGCUGUUCAACCCUUCUGUGUGGGCAGGGCCACCAGCGCUGGAGUGAUUGUGUGCAAGAGGAGGGAACACAAGAGAAGGCUCAAGAUGGAGUUGGACUCUGAUUCUGACAGCUGUGAUGAGACCAAAAGCGAGCUGCCAGCCACAAGUGAUGCAGCAUGUUCAUCCUUUGCUGAUCUCCCUGAAGAAACUGAGUUGUUGCAGUCCCGAGAGAUAUACCCAUACUCUGAUGGGGAGCUGCUUGAAGAGGACAGCUUCGUGCUAAGCCAUCAAUCUUCUCCCAAAAGUGAUUCUGAAUUGGACAUCAAACCACAGGAAAGUUUUGCUCUAGGGGCUGAAUCCCUCAUGAGGUGGACCUGGGGAAAGCUCCCUCAAGUGAAUAAAUGGGUGCGAGUUAAACCAGCCAAGUCCACAAAGACUGCUGCUGCAGCAACCACCAUCUCUGCGACACUGGUCCCAGUGGAUGAAGCAACCCCUCUUGUUGCCACCUCUGAACAUCUGGGAGGGGUUUCAAGUCCAGCAGGACCUCAGGACACACCCUGUUCCUUGGAUGUGUCUGUAACUGAGCCAACACUUGAACCUCAGGCUGGGAACAGCAUCUCCAGGCUGAAGGACAUCCUCCAUACUGUCACAGCAAAGAGAUUUUUGGGGGCCUACUCAGUCCCACAAGAGAAACAGGAGGGAGAUGAGAAUGUUGUGGCAGAGGUUCAGCCAGAUGUGGAGCCCCUUGAGGGAGCCACUGCUCCAAGGCAGGCAGGCUCAGAAGGCCCUGAGUCCCAGCUGGAGAGGCAGGGGAGGCAAGGAUCCAUCAGAAGUCCUCACUUGGGUCCCAGUGCCAUUUACCUUGAAGACCUCUCUGAGACGGACCAUGAACCGGUGCCUCUGUAUAUCUCUGGGAGUGACACAAAGCCGAGUUUGAGGCCUGUGACAGACCCCAGCAACCCUCUGUGUAUCCAGUUGCCAUCCACCUCGCCUGACGACAGUCCCAUGGACUCUGACUUGAUGCCCACAGUUGCCCUGUCACUGUGUGGGGGCCUCAGGAGCAACAGGCAGAUCUCUCAUGAGAAGUUCAUGGAACACAUGGUUUCCUACCAGCAAUUUGCUGAGAAUCCAAGGCUUGUCGAUGACCCAAACCUGGUGAUAAUGAUCAACAAGAAGUAUUACAACUGGGCAGUGGCUGGUCCCAUAAUCCUGGCCCUGCAGGCUUUCCAGAGGAACAUUCCUGAGAGCAUCAUUGACGAAUUGGUGAAGGAGAAGAUGAUCAAGAAAGACAGAAGGUGGUGGUUCUCCUGGAGGAGAAGAGAAUUCCCAGCAGAGGGGUGGCAGCCGAGGCCAGGGAAAGCCAGCGUGGGAGCACUGCAGCAUGACCCUGCUCAGCAGAGUCAAGAGGAAGAGGAGUCAUCCAGUGACAGUGAGCCCCAGGACCCUGGGGACAUGUUGACAGUGGAAGCCCCUGCUCAGAAGCAUUUACCAACCUACAAGAAAUCCCUGCGUCUCUCCUCCGAACAAAUUAGAAGGUUGAAUCUACAGGAUGGCCCCAAUGAGGUGGCAUUCAGCGUGACAACUCAGUACCAGGGCACGUGCCGCUGUGAGGCCACCAUCUACCUGUGGAACUGGAAUGAAAAAGUGGUGAUCUCAGACAUUGAUGGCACCAUCACCAAAUCGGAUGCUCUUGGACACAUUUUGCCACAACUGGGUAAAGAUUGGACUCACCGUGGGAUUGUUACACUCUUCCACAAAAUCCAUCUGAAUGGCUACAAGUUCCUCUACUGCUCGGCCAGGGCUAUUGGCAUGGCCCACAUCACCAAAGGCUACCUCAAAUGGGUCAAUGAGCAAGGCUGUGGCCUCCCCAUGGGCCCCAUGCUGCUUUCCCCCAGUAGCCUCUUGUCUGCCUUCCACAGGGAGGUGAUUGAGAAGAAGCCAGAGGUGUUCAAGGUCACCUGCUUGACAGACAUCCGAAAACUGUUUGCUACAAAGUGUCCCUUCUACGCUGGUUUUGGGAACAGGCCCAAUGAUGUGUAUGCUUACAAGCAAGUGGGGCUGCCAGAGAGCCACAUAUUCACAGUAAACCACAAGGGAGAGCUGAUCCAGGAGCUCGCAAAGAACCAAAAGUCAACAUACGAGCAGCUGUCGGAGCUGGUGGAAGUCUUCUUCCCUCCUGUGUGACAGAGGAGAGGCACUGGUCUGGUGUCCCCAGAGUACAGCCACUUUACCUACUCUGCUGCUUGAUGUUGACUUGGAUGGCUUGCCCUAGCCCCAUCCCUGUGGAGACCUGACCCAGAGCUCUCCUGCAUGCUCUUUGCCAGGACUAAGUGUUCCAGGUGCACCUCAUUUUCUCUGUUUGCUGCUGGGGCAUUUUGCACUUGUAAUAGAGGUCAUGACACCCCUUAGCAGGAAGCCAGAGGGGGUAAGAGAGAGCUCUGACUUUACAAAAACUCCAUUUGCUAAACACAAAUUCCUGAAAGUUGGGUCUCUUCUGGUGUUUGUAGCUCCUCUAAAGUCUGGCUCCUUUUUAAAGGUGGUGGUUGUUCACUGUUGUAUUUAUUGAUGAAUCUCUGACAUAGCUAUUACUGCUUCUGGUAUGACCAGUGUUUCAGACAGUCCAGCUAUCUGCAGUUUGGUAGUUGAAACUGUCCACUGACUUGUAAAGGUCAAUGGAAGAUGCUGGGGUUUUGAGUGUUCUGAACUAAAAGCAAUAAUAAAUAGUGCCUUAAUCUA